AUGGCGCGAUUAGUUGAUGCACUUCACGGUUUAGUGAAUUCUGUUGCACAAUCGUACAACGAUUUGCACUUAGAGUCAGUGAAUGAAGAACAUUGUCAGAGGUGCUAUCAGGUGUGUGUUGAGACAAUUGAAUACUUUAAGACUAUUUUGGCAGAUCCACAAUCAAGUGUUCAAAUUAAAAGAAGCGUUCAAGCCAGUAUUGUGCUUUUGUGCUGGUAUGGCGAUCAAUUUGCUCAACUCAGCGGCCUGGCUGCAGGUGGUGAUUUGAGAAUGCGUCAUCGACUCAUCAAGUGGCAAGAUCUCGAUAACGCUUUCGCCAAUAAUAUUCGAACUGGAUGUGUCACAAAUCUCUCUCACACCGAUUUGAGAGAAUUUUUAAACGAUUCACAAGACUUGGUGUUUGAGAAAAUCCAAGAAAUGUUGGGAGAUGUUGCUGGGGUGAAAAUCAACGUCGAACUUGUAUGUAAAUUCAGAAAUGAAAAAAUUAAUGACGUCGUUGAUGAAACUAAAUCAUUCAACACCACAAGUCGUGAAAUUACACCCACAACAUCUCUCGCUGAUUGGUAUGCUAAUCAUGUCAACGAGAACUUAUUAAAAAAGGUUGAAGAGUUCAAUCAAAAGGACUCGGGGUGGAGAUUACUUGAGAUCCAUAGCUUGGUUAUUACAAUGUCCAGAUAUACACCUCUACAAGCUGGAGCAUCUACAUUCGUCAGACUGCCGAGAGACAUUCAACUCAAACGCGCAGUCUUAAACAUCGAGAACCACGACGAGUACUGCUUUCUCUGGUGUGUUGUGGCGGCAACACACGAAGCUCACACCGGACAUCCGGAGAGGACAACAUCGUACCCUCAUUACAGCAGCGUACUUGAGUAUGCAGGUAUUGAUUUUCCUAUUACCCCCAAAGAUAUACCGAAAUUCGAAACGUUAAAUAAUUUAUCAAUCAAUGUAUACGGUAUUGAGUCAGAAUUUAACGGUUUCGGGGAUGAAAAAAGUACUAUAAUACCAUUAUAUUUAAGUGAAAAUUGUAAGUCUGAUGUAAGAAAAAUUCAUCUUCUAAUGGUGCAGGCAAACGUAAAUUUAAAUAUGUCCAAUGAGAAUGAUUUUGAAAAUUAUAAGCCUGUUUAUCAUUUUGCCUUAAUUAAAAAUCUAUCGCGAUUAAUAAAAAGUCAAAUCACAAAGUCACAUUGUAAAUUAUAUUUCUGUGAUAGAUGCUUAAAUCACUUCAAAACAGAAAUAUCUUUCAAUAGUCACAAUGAUGACUGUUUCAAAUUAAAUAAAGUCCGUAUGAAAUUUCCUACUAAUGAAAACAAAAUAUUAAAAUUUAAAAAUUAUCGUAAUAAAGACUCGGUACCAUUUGUUGUCUACGCAGACUUAGAGUGUACACUAGAGCCUCAGGGGGAUGAUGAAAUUCAAAAACAUGUUCCACACAGCAUUGCAUUUUAUCGUCACUGUAAUUAUGACAAUAAUUUGUCAAAAUUUGAAAUUAAUCGAUCAUCUGAUUGCGUAAAGUGGUUUGUAAAUAAACUUGAAAAUUUUGCUAUUGAAGUUGAGCAGUACUUAAAAAAUCCUAUACCUAUGAAACCACUUGACAAACAGCAACAAAAGAGUCAUGAUCGGUCAACUGUUUGUCAUAUUUGCGAAAAAACAAUAGCCUCUGAUAAAGAGAAAUGCUAUGAUCAUUGUCAUUUUACAGGCAACUAUCGCGGACCUGCACACAUCUCAUGCAAUUUAAAUUAUCCGAAAUCCCAUGUAAUACCAGUAGUAUUUCACAAUUUAUCUGGGUAUGAUUCGCAUUUCUUAAUUAAAUCAUUAGCAACAGUUUUUGGAGAUUCAUUUAGAUUCAUGGCAUCAAGUUUAGAAAAAUUAGCAUCUUAUCUUGAUGAUGACAAUAAAAAAAUUACAAGACUUCAUUACCCAGAUCCGGAAAAAUUUCAAUUAGUUACUCGCAAGGGUGUAUUCCCGUAUGAAUACAUUACAAACAUUGAUAAGCUUAAUGACAAACAGUUGCCCGAUCAAAACUCAUUUUUUUCAAAAUUAUCCAAUACUGGUAUAACUGACGAUAAUUAUGCAUUUGCUCAACUUGUCUGGAAUAAAUUUAACAUCAGUACAUUAGGUGAGUACUCUGAUCUAUAUCUCAAGACUGAUGUACUACUCUUGGCCGAUGUAUUUGAAAAUUUCAGACAAAGUUGUUUAAAUAAUUAUAACUUAGACCCGCUGCACUAUUAUACAGCGCCUGGAUUAGCUUUCGAUGCAAUGCUGAAAUACACAAAUGUGGAACUAGAACUAUUGACUGACCCCGAAAUGGUACUUUUCAUCGAGAAAGGUAUACGAGGUGGAGUGUCUCAGUGUACUAAUAGGUAUGCGAAGGCUAACAAUCGGUACAUGGGUGAUGAAUUUGACGUUAAAAAACCCGAGUCAUACUUGAUGUAUUUUGACGUCAAUAAUUUGUAUGGCGCGGCAAUGAGUAUGCCACUACCCAAAGGCUCAUUUGAGUGGGUAGAUGAAAAUGAUUUAAAUGAUGUAAAUAACUUCGUAAAUACCAAUGACACUGUAGGAUAUAUUUUAGAAGUAGACUUGCACUAUCCACAAGAGCUACAUGAGCUACACAAAGAUUUACCAUUGUGCCCUGAGCACUUUUUACCGCCGGGUAGCAAGUCUACUAAAUUAUGUACAACUUUGCAUGAUAAAAAUAAAUAUAUAAUACAUUGUGAAAAUUUGAAACAAUGUUUAGAUUUAGGAAUACAGUUGAAAAAAAUUCAUCGCGCACUUAAAUUUGAGCAAUCCCCAUGGCUAAAGACAUACAUCGACAAGAAUACAGACUGUAGGAAGGCUGCCCAAAAUGAGUUUGAGAAGAAUUUUUUCAAACUCAUGAAUAACGCAGUCUUCGGUAAGACUAUGGAAAAUGUUAGGAAACACAAAGAUGUUCAAUUAGUUACUAGAUGGUCUGGUCGAUAUGGUGCAUCAGACUUCAUUUGCAAACCUAACUUCCAUAGUCUUACUAUCUUUGACAAAGACAUGGUUAUAGUGGAAAUGAAAACAACCCAGGUAUAUUUUGAUAAACCUAUUUACACUGGGUUCGCGAUUUUAGAUUUAUCAAAAAUAUUUAUCUACGAUUUCCACUAUAACUAUGUCAAACAAAACUUGACAAAUCAACAAUCUAAGUUGAUGUACACGGACACUGACAGUUUAAUUUACCACUUCACAGUACCAGACAUCUACGAAAUCAUGAAACGUGAUAUUUCAAAAUUUGAUACGUCGGACUACCCACCUCUAAACUCAUACAAUAUGCCACUUGCCAAUAAGAAGGUCCCAGGUCUGAUGAAAGAUGAGAAUAAUGGGAAAAUUAUGACUCAUUUCAACGGACUUAGGGCCAAGCUAUAUGCAUACAAAAUUUUAAAUGAUGAUGAAACGAAAAAACGAGCAAAGGGAAUCAAAGGUCCGACGUUGCGAACUAUCACGUUUGAUGAUUUCGAUAGAUGUCUUCACGAUCACAUUAACUCGACGAAAAAACAGUACUUAAUUAAAAGUUCUAAACAUGACGUGACGACAGUAGCACAGUACAAAAUUGCCUUAAGCUGGACAGAUGACAAACGACAACUUUUGGAUGACUCAACUGACACAUUGCCAUGGGGAUUCAAAUCAAAUGAUAACGAUAAAAAUGAUGAUGAUAACGAUGAAAAUUUUUAA